CAUUUUAUUAUAUACAUCAUUAAACUUACCUUUCCUUUUUUAAUAUAAAUGUUAAUUUUUUUCAAAGAUACAAAGUCAUUAUUUGAGUCAUUUUGAUUAGUAACAUUCUUUAUUUUUAUAUAUUUUUUGUAUUAUUUGUCACUCUAAGGUUCUAUUCGUCUAUAUUUGGGUUAGGACAAGGACCAAAGGACAAGCGGAAGAAGAAGAAACUUGGACUGAAGUAAACGGAGAUUGAAUUUAUAUGUGCUUAUUUAUUGUCAUGACAUGAAAUAUAAUUUCUGUAAUUGCCAGGUUUGUUUAUCUUAAACGUGUGUUAUAGAAAGAUUUUACCAGUAGUGAAAGCAAAAAGUUCCUCUUCUAGAAAUUGCAGAACCAUUUUAUCAUAUGAGAGAUGUCUACUCCUGCAAGAAGACGGCUGAUGAGAGAUUUCAAAAGGCUGCAGGAAGACCCUCCCACCGGAGUGAGCGGGGCCCCGACAGAUAACAACAUCAUGAUUUGGAACGCUGUGAUAUUUGGUCCGCACGACACACCUUUCGAGGAUGGAACGUUCAAGCUGACGAUAGAGUUUACGGAAGAAUACCCCAAUAAGCCGCCGACGGUCCGGUUCGUGUCCAAAAUGUUCCACCCGAACGUGUAUGCGGACGGAGGGAUCUGCUUGGACAUCCUGCAGAACCGGUGGAGCCCUACGUAUGACGUGUCUGCCAUCUUGACGUCGAUACAGUCGCUCUUGAGCGAUCCCAAUCCGAACUCGCCAGCGAACUCGAUGGCUGCCCAGCUUUACAAGGAGAACAGACGAGAGUACGAGAAGAGGGUGAAGGCAUGCGUGGAGCAGAGCUUCGUAGACUAGUGGCACGUGUGGGCAGGUGCGCGUCUGUGCCGCGCAGCUGACUUGUCCGUGGUGGGCCGUGGCCCGAACGCACGCACUCUUUAUUUCCCCCAGGUUUCUUUGUCACAGCCUUUUGUAAUAAAUGAACGUGAAACCGUUCGAAAGCCAUCGUUUUUUUCAAGUCUUACUUAAAAAAAAAAAAACUCUGCUUCGUACUCCGUCAAGGACUUAUGUUUCUAAACCAAGCUUUACUUUGAGAGCUCUGAAGAAAUUUUGAGAAAGAUAUUUUACGUACUGUAGAGUUUUUGAAUUGUUGCUGUUGUUUGUGCUCUCAAGCUCAGCUAAAAGUUUUUUUUUUCCCCCCUGUAAAGCUUUGUUGCUAUACACAUUUUAAUUUUUCUUAUCUAAUUACUUUUUAAUGAGUUCUGGCAGCCUGCUCUCGGUGGAAACAUGGAAACAUGGAAACAUGCUUGUCACAGAUAUCUAACAACUUCAUAUUGCACUUGUUUGACUUCAUGAACAAUUGAAGACUCCUGGAGAUCAUAACACACAUGAACUACUGCUGGUUGACAUGCAUAAAUGAAAUCGCAGCUGUAGUGGUUUUAAAGUCAUAUUAUACCUGCUUGAUACAUUUUUUCUUUUGUUUGUUUGCAUUUCCUGUUGGUAGUCAGGUAGCAGGUUAUCUGCGAAAUGAAAAUUUUUACAAUACAAGUAAUAUUUGUAUUUUGCUUAUGUUUGUAAAAAGAACUUGUGAAUAUAUUUUCAGUAGGUCUGAAAUUAAUUAAUUUUUAAAUUAAAUAUUAUGUAAUUUUUUUAUUUUCAUGUAAUAAUUUUGAGAUAUUGCUAUUGAACUUGUUAAAAAAUGUUAAUUUAUUAUUGUGUCUGUAGUUAGUUUUGGUUUAUUUCUACGAUUAUUGUUUAUUGUGAAAUUUCAUGUAGCUAUUGGAGCUAAAAUAAAUUCAAAUUCUUCUAUAAGAAAUUUGCAAAUGAGUUUAUAUUGACAUUAAUAUAGUGUAUAAAAUAUAAAGCUGCAUUUGAGCUAAGAAAUUGUCACCUGUGUGUAUGCAUGGAUGUGUAGUAGUUUAUUUGACAGAUUUCAUUGUCUUGUUGGACAGUCUGUAGCAAGAAUGGGAUAAAUAUGCAAUAAUUCCUGAUUGCUCACAAUUUAAUCUCUGGAAUGCAAAUCCAUAACCAAUGUAUUAUUUAUUACAAAAAUGUAUGAGAAGUAUGUUAAUACAAUUAUUUGUUGUUUUA